AUGCGUGUAGUAGUAUUUCUUGUGGCAUUCUGUUACUCAUUGCCGGGCAUACUAACACAGGUUGACAUUUACAAUUGUGACCUUGGUGAUAUCCACUACACCGGGGGGGUUGGCUUCGAGCCGCUACAGUACAUGCCUCUAUCUACACAAGAUCAGACAGCCAGUGAGAAGGCAGCAGAUAUUAUGGACUUCAUACAGCUUAUACCGAACAUUGAUCCGUUUGAGCUGGCCAUGUUACCGCCAAUUGGCAUUGAUGUCUCUUACCUCUUCCUAAAAGGGAAGGUAUUUUUGAAGAAUUUCGUUAUGUCUGGAGUGAAACAGUUCGAGCUGCACAAAUUGGAGCUGCGUAUGAUCAAUCUCCGGUCGGAUGUAAUCAUUCAUUUGCCUUUGAUUUCCAUCGCAGGUGACUUUUACCUGCAGGCAUAUUUAACUUUUGUGCCUUUAUAUUUAAAGUGUCAUAUAAGUGCAGACCUACAUGGUUUGAACGUGGUGGCUACGACGGGAGGCAAAAAGAUACGGUCACCACUCACAGGUGAGGUGGUGCUGCAAAUCGAUAGCAUUCACGUCGAUGUCAACAUACAAAAUGUUAAGGUCAACAUAACGAAUAUAGAGAUCAACGGACCUGAGGAAGAGACCGGUCCACCAGCCAUGCAGUUAUUCAGCGACACUCGCCGCAACUCUGAACUCAGUUCGUUCGAUAAAAUACUCGGUGUAGGGCUAUCAAUAGUCAACAAAGAACUUUUAAACCUGCCAUUCAAUGUAUUUGAACAAUAUCUGACUACUGAUACUUAUUAA